CAAGUUUAGCCGCCGCAGGCGCAUGUGUGUUAGCAAAAAAAGUUUUAAGUGUUAAGUAAACAGUAAUUGUGCAAAGUUAUAAACAAACAAUAAUGGAAUGGUUCGUCACUAAAGAUGGGAAAUACAGGAUAGAAUCAUUGUCUGCUUCUACUGUGCCGGGGGCACUACAAGUGAUAAGGGAGUCAUUCUGCCAAGAUGAAGCAGUAUGUAUUGGAGCAGGGGUUAACAAAAACCCCUUAGCGGCCGAAGAGCUGUUGGAAUUAUGUGCAGAUGCAGCUCUUGAUGGCGCAUCUUUAGUGGCCGUCGUAGUAGACAGCGGCGACGUUGUUGCAGCUUCAUUCAACAAAAUACAGGUUGCAGCAUCCGAUUCUUCUGAGAAACCAUUUUUCGAAGUAUUCGCGGAAGAACGCUGCUCGCAGGAGUCUGCCAAGUCUCUUAUCCAGUUUAUGGCAAAUGUUGAUGGAAGAUGCAAUCUGUUUCAAAAGUAUGGAGUAGACUGCAGUUUAGAAAUAAUGUUUUUGGCCACUCUUCGAGAGCACAGAAAACAAAGGUUAGGGGAAUUCCUCUGCAAGUUUUCGAUCGAGCUAGCAAAAGAAUUAAAAAACGGGCCUGUCGCCGAAAUAACUGUUGAAGAUUUGGGGCCCAAGUAUUCGAGCAUGAAAUCGAGAUCUGCUAUCACGGCAUAUCCAAAAAUAUGUCAGGCAAUAUGGACGGCUGAACCUACAGCAAAAAUUGGAAGACGACUAGAAUUUACUGAACAUUUGGUUGUGUCCUUUAGUGAAUUUGUUUAUGAUAGUAAAACUUACACUGAAAGGAUAGGAACUGAUGGUGCUGAGUGUAUUGUGGCAGCUCAACCCCUUUAUUAAGUGAAAC